UCAUGGCUUAAAGAUACCUUAUCCAAGCAUAGUGUUCGUGUAUUUCGACAACAGUCUUACAUAUAAUAUAGGAUAACACAACACAAGACUUCUUGAGUUCACACAUUUAUAGGUUGUUCUAUAGACAUAUACAAUGAACUUUUGUUAGAAAACUUCUUUUAUAAAACCUUGUAAAUCAUUGAGUUGUAUUAUCAACAAUAUCCUAAAACCCAGAUUUAUAAGGGGUUAUAAUUCCUUAAUAUGCAGUGUUCACUAUCGAAAAUCUCAAUCUUAGCCGGAACCAUUCAGAUGACUAGUCCAAAUUAAUUGUAUUCUAUUUUUGGAUAACAGAAAGGAGAAACCCCUAAAAUUACUUGAAACCCAGAUUUAUAAAGGGUUUUAAGUUGUCAAAACUCAAUAUUGUUCGCUAUCGAAAUUGUUUCUCUUAGAUCGACAUGUUCAAAUGAGAAGUCUAAACUCUAAAGCAACCUUGUUUGAUUUUUUUGAUAAGAGAAAGAACAAAAUCAAAAAAUUACUCGAAACAAACAAAAGGAUACAGGAAUUAGAGACAUACGAGUUGUGAAUCUUGAACAGGAAUCAACAUUUUGAAGGCUUUGAAUCACGAUUCUCUGUAAUCCGUUUUCGUCGCCGGCUGCGUGAGAGAGAGACGACGGAUCUGGACGGAGACGGCGGGUCUGAACGGAGACAGCAGAUCUCGACGAAAGAAGAUGGAUCUCGAAAAGAGAGGAAGAAUCGAUGAUUGAGGAGAAGAUGAGGUAAGGGUACUAUUAUCUUUUGUUCAUUAAUGAAAGUGGUAUUUAUGAAAAUGUCCCUAGAUUGGUGGUAAAGUUGAAUAGUGUUAUCAAACAAAGUCUAAAAAUAAAAUUUUUCCUUAUUUUUUUGAAACGGAGAAAGUAUAAUAUAGGUAGUUAUUGUUCUAAAAAGAAAGAAAAUAUAGGUAGUUAUUUCGAGAUUUCUUGUGAAUGUUGAUCGUGAAAGUGUGGAAUGGGCGAGGUGGACUCAGAAUUUUUUUUUUUUUUUAGCAAAUAUUUGAACUGACACGUAUUGUAAGUGUUUUGAAGAAUACCUUGCAUGUGGUGAGUGAGGUACGAUAAACAAAGGCUGUAGUAGAAUUGAAAACCAAAAUGUAUGGUCAAAACAAUGAAAAACUUUCUGUAUUGUAAAUCUUACUAAAUGCGGAAUUAUAUACACUCGCGAACGAUGAACUACACUCAAUUUUUUUUUCUUAAAAAAAACUACAAUUUUUCAAAAAAAAAUAAUAAUAAUGAAAAAACUUAGCUAAAAAAAAAAAAUUCACAAGACAUCACCCGACGUAAACCAAGACAAAAGUUUUGAUUUAGUUAGACCAAAUUCUACUCUUUUCUUUUGGUUAAGAACCAACGUAAACUCUAGUUGUUCGUUUAAUCUUCCACAAUCGUUGGACGAAAUGAUACGAAAAUUUUCAGUAUACUUCGAAUGUAUAGAAUGAUGCUUUGAGUACACCAUACUUGCGGAAUACCAUAUGCUAUGUGUUUUCUUUUCGAGAACACCGUAUGCAAUGUUGGCAGCGUGAGAACUAAUAACGUGUAGGUAUAAAAGUAGUUGACGAAUGAUACAAGUUUAUGGAAGUGAAUUAAUCGAUGGGAUGAAAAAGUCAUGGACUAUGGAAGAACACAACAUUUUGCUUGCCUGCUAGGUUCGUCAUAAUAAUUUAAUUUCGAAUUUUCUUGCGAAGUAACUUGGGAUGUAUAUAUAUAUAUAUGCAAGUUAGGACAAAACUAAUAAGAAUAAAGAAAAAAAAAAGGAAAGGAAGUGGUGGGGAGAGAUGAAAGGGGUACUAAAGAACAUUUACCACCAUUCUUACACCUUCUCGUUCUUGCUAGUCUUCCUUGUCUUGAUUCUAUUUCAUCCGGCCCUUUCGACCUAUGUCAACACUAUGUUGUCUUCAGAAUCUCUCACAAUCUCAAGCAAGAGAACACUUGUAUCUUCCGGUGGAGUCUUCGAGCUUGGUUUCUUCAAACCCUCGGGACGCUCGCGUUGGUAUCUCGGAAUAUGGUAUAAGAAGGUCCCCCGGAGGACCUACGCAUGGGUCGCCAACAGAGACAACCCUCUCCCCAAUUCCAGUGGAACCCUCAAAAUCUCUGGCAACAAUCUUGUCCUGCUAGGUCAGUCUAAUAACACUGUUUGGUCGACAAAUCUUACUAGAUGUAAUUUGAGAUCUCCAGUGAUAGCAGAGCUUCUGCCCAACGGUAAUUUUGUAAUGAGAUACUCCAACAACAAAGACUCAAGUGGGUUCUUGUGGCAGAGUUUCGAUUCUCCGACAGAUACUUUACUUCCGGAUAUGAAACUAGGUUACGAUCUCAAAACAGGCCGCAACAGGUUCCUUACAUCAUGGAGAUCAUAUGAUGAUCCGUCAAGCGGGAAUACCACGUACAAACUCGACAUUCGAAGGGGAUUGCCUGAGUUUAUUCUUCUUAUAAAUCAACGUGUUGAAAUACAAAGGAGCGGUCCGUGGAAUGGAAUCGAGUUUAGUGGCAUACCGGAGGUGCAAGGAUUAAAUUACAUGGUUUACAAUUAUACGGAGAACAAUAAAGAGAUCGCUUACUCGUUCCAUAUGACCAACCAAAGCAUCCACUCCAGAUUGACAGUCAGUGACUAUACACUCAAUCGAUUCACGUGGAUCCCGCCAUCACGGGGGUGGAGCCUGUUCUGGGUUUUACCAACGGACGUGUGCGAUUCGCUUUACUUCUGUGGAUCUUAUUCUUACUGUGACCUAACCACGUCACCUAACUGUAACUGUAUUAGAGGGUUCGUUCCCAAGAACAGUCAGCGGUGGGACUUGAAAGACGGAUCACAGGGGUGUGUGAGGAGGACGCGGCUGAGCGGUAGUUGAGAUGGGUUUUUGCGGUUAAAUAACAUGAAGUUGCCGGAUACUAAGACUGCGACGGUGGAUCGGACCAUUGAUGUGAAAAAAUGUGAAGCGAGGUGUCUUAGCGAUUGUAACUGUACGUCGUUUGCUAUUGUGGAUGUUCGAAACGGCGGAUUGGGUUGUGUGUUUUGGACCGGAGAGCUCGUUGAGAUCAGGAAAUACGCCGUCGGUGGUCAAGAUCUUUACGUCAGAUUGAAUGCUGCUGAUCUAGGCACUGGCUAACUCUAAUAAGGAAGAUGCAUAAAAUAUGGUAGCUGGAUAAUAAAAGUGCUGGUCUACUACACAUUGAGGUUGUAGCAGAAUAGCCGAAUAAAUACAUUGCAGUGGUAAUAUUAUAAGACUAACUGACAUAUUCAUGUAUGGAUAUAAAUAUUUAUAAAUAAUCAAAUUAUAUUUAAUGAAUGUGUUGUUUCCACUUGUUGAUCAAUUUUAAAUCAUUUUAUGAUUUAUAUAUAAUGAAAAAUAAAUAUAAUAU